UCGCUGCCUGCGUAGGCAGGGCCACCUCAGUGUCUGAGACAGUGAGUGUCUUUCACUGAGGCGCCUUUCACCGGGUUCGCGGAGUGCGACGGCGACUCCGGCCCUCAUCCAAGUCGACUGCCAACCAGCCAGCUCAAGCUCACCGAUAUCGCGAUAUAACAGGACGGCAAUAGUGAAUAGGAUCACGCUUAAGUUGUGGACACUCAUUAGAUGAGCGCCAAGCAAUGUCCCUACGCACUUCACCAACAUGAGAAAGUUCAGCUCCAAGGUGGAGAGCGGAGAGAGAACAAAACUUCUUGUACAGUCUGCAUUGCUUCACCGCGUUUGCCAUGCAUGGUGACCGCUCGAGCGCGUGAUCACGUGCCACCUAUGCAGUCACGCUUCCACUCCAGGAAUGUCUUCACGGUAAUUGUUCCACUGCAAGCUUUGAAAUCACAAACCUUUCGUGCAAAUAGUCAAGUACCCAAUAUCAUCGCUGUCUCAAUUCACCAGUCGUUAAUCCCGGGCCGAAUUUUGGAUGUCCUUUUCGCAUAUGCCUUGUUUGAUUGGAUUGUACUAAUAUCGAACAUAGAGCGGGGCAUUAUUCGAGCCCACUACGUGCAGCGAAUCAAAGGCCCUACUACUUCUCAAUGGUCAGGUGGAUAUGGUCCGAUAAAAACUCGGUCACGUGAGUCGUUCGAACCCGUCCAUUCCGGCGAUGAUGGCAUGAUGAUCACAGAAUGGUGAGCCGUGAUUGCUUAUUAUAGUACAGGUACAGCUCGUGAUAUUCGGCUUUUGUUCAUAUAACUACGGGAGGGACAUCAUCAUAAGUGAAGACCGACCUCUCAAUUCCCAUCACAUUACAACUACUAACACCGAAUAC